CAGGGCUGUUCCGGAUGUCCUGUGAUGGCAGCUCUCUCUCUCUCUCUCUUUCUCACACACACACAGACACACCGAGCCGCCUGCACGCUCCUCUCUGAUCGCUCUCUUUGGUUUGUAUCAGCUGAUCGGAGCGGGUUCGGCUCUGGGUCCGGCUCCGGGACGGGAUCCCUGUACGGUUCCGAUCUAAUCCGGCUUCGUCUGGUUUGGGCUCUUUGUUCCGGAACUUUUCGGACUCUUCGGUGAGCUGUUAGCCGUUAGCCUCUCCUAGCUGCAGCGGAUCGAUUCUUUCCUCGGAACCUUCCACAGCACAGUUCCUGUUUCAACCCGAACCGUUCCUCGGCUGCCCGGCCCGGACUCUCGCUCUGCUCCGGGCCGACAGGCGGCUCGGUUCGGUUAUUGGAGCGGCUGAGCUAUCAAGCUAACAGUUAGCCUGAGCUAGCUGCUAGUAUGCCCGCGAUGCUGGAGAGGAACCCAGAGGCUUCGGGCAAGAGGAGAGGCCGAGCCCCGGGAGGAGGGCCCGUCGGCGGGAAGAGUCUGUCCGGUAAUGGAACCAGUACCAACAGCUGCUGGGAAGAAGGAAGUUCAGGCUCGAGCAGCGACGACGAGCAUGGUGGAGGAGGGAUGCGGGUCGGACCGCAGUACCAGGCCGUGGUUCCCGACUUUGACCCGGUGAUGCUGAGUCUGAACCCUUCUUCACACAACCACCUGAAAAGUCGUACAGAUGUAGCCCGGGCGGCUCAUCUCCGGGAGAACCUGGGGAUGUUGGUUUGGAUCCCCAACAGCUGCCUGAACCAAACACAGUUGGACGAGUACAUCGCCAUCGCCAAAGAGAAGCAUGGCUACAACAUGGAGCAGGCGCUGGGCAUGCUCUUCUGGCACAAACACAACAUCGAGAAGUCUCUAGCCGACCUGCCAAACUUCACUCCGUUCCCCGAUGAGUGGACGGUGGAGGACCGCGUGUUGUUCGAGCAGGCCUUCAGCUUCCACGGGAAGAGCUUCCACCGCAUUCAGCAGAUGUUACCUGAUAAGUCGAUGCCCAGCCUGGUUCGGUUUUAUUACUCCUGGAAGAAGAGUCGCAGUAAAACCAGCCUGAUGGACCGCCAGACUCGGAAACACAAACGAGAGCGAGACGACAGUGACGAUGAAGUCGAGGACGGUAAUGGAAAUCCUCCGAGUGACCCUGAGUUGGACGUAAAUAAAGAAGACAAGAAGGAGGUGAGCUCAGGUUCAGAGAGGUCAGAGGUGAAACCAGUUUCUGGUCUGAAGACAGGUGGGAAGGCGUCCCAGCGGAUGAAGAAGCGCCCCCCCAGAGGAAUGUUUCUGAACCAUCAGGACGUUGUUUCUCUGUCGUCCUCAACGCCUCAGGGACUCAUCAGACAGCUCGACUCGCAGCUCGUCUCCAUCAAGAGACAGAUUCAGACCAUCAAACAGACCAACAGCGUGCUGAAGGAGAAGCUCAGCUCGGGGCUGGACGAGUUCAGGCUGCCCGAGGUGAACCAGAAGUUCAAUAACCGUUGGACCACAGAGGAGCAGCUGCUCGCCGUCCAAGCCAUCAGGAAGUAUGGGCGAGACUUCCAAGCCAUCUCAGAUGUGAUUGGUAACAAGUCGGUGGUGCAGGUGAAGAACUUCCUAGUAAACUACAGACGCAGGUUUAACCUGGACGAGGUGCUGCAGGAGUGGGAGGCGGAGCACGGCAUGGAGGUGGGGGCAGGAGCGAGCGAGGACGACAGGAUGGAGGAAAAGAUGGAGGUGUGUCCCACUGAGGAGGAUGAGGUCAUCGCCAAGCAGACCAAGGAGGAUUCGUCCUCUCCACUGAAUGCCAACAAGCCUUUGGCCUCCUGAGACCUUCUGGCCCCUCCUCUUUAGAUUCAGGGCUCUGCCCCUCCAGUUUCAGGCCCCGCCCCACAGGCUUUAUAAUGUAAUUUUUUUAUUGUAUAAUGUGUUUCUCUUUAAUUUUCUCCGUUUUUAGAUCAGGUGUGGGGUUUGUUUUAUUAACCUGUCAUUUACUGCUCGCUCUGGACCAAUCAGACCCGUCAGUCCAAAUGGGCGGAGCUUUUGUUCCUUAUUUUCUGCUUUUCAUGCUUUUUUGGGUUGUUUUUUGCUUUUAUUACUUCCUGUUUGGUGUGUUGGGGAUAGGGUGUCAGACUGAAGCAGCCAUGUUGGAUGACCUUGUUCAGGAAGGAGGUGUGUCCUAACCUGAUGGGAUCUUUUUUGUUUUUUUUUUCUAUUAUUUUAGGACUUUUUAGAAGAAAGACAAUAAAACCAAAGUUGAUCAGUAAA